AUGGCCAGGUCGCGAAGGGUGCGGAGCUCUGUGAGUGAGUGUGUCUGUGCGGUGAAGAAUCGAAUGACCCCCGCGACGAUCCAUUCAUUCAAUUCUUUUGGGCUCUGUGUGUCAGUAGUGUCAGUAGUGUCAGUAGUGUCAGUAGUGUCAGAAGUGUCAGUAGUGUCGUUGAUGUCGUUGAUGUCAUUCGUGUCAUUUGUGUCAUUUGGAUUUGUCGAACUCAAGUCUUGAAGGAGGAGAGAGCGGAUUUCGGAUGGAGUUAGAGCGGGGAAAUGGAAAAUGAGGGAGGAAUUGGGUUGAUAAGGAUCGAUGGAAACGGUGAGGAGAAUUAAGCCGAGAUAGGGAGUCUUCGAAGGAAGGCUCAGAAGGAGAUUGAACACUUCGUUCUCCAUUUGUUCACACUAUGGAUGAAUUGGGGGGAGAAGAGGCACGCCGUCGAUUACGAUGUAAAAGGACUUCUGUUC